AUGAAGCGACAAUUCUCCUCAUCUUCGAGGCGGUCGUCGCUCGCCAAAAAGGUAAUGACCUUCGCGACCGCCGCACUCGCCCUCUCGUCGCAUGCCUCGGCCGCCAAAAAGGCCGGGACGUUCGAGAUUGUCAACGACAAUUCGCUCGCCUCCGCCAUGAUGCUCGGUGUCAUUGAUGAGGACAACGUCUUCAUCUUGGACAAGGCCGAGAACAACUCGGCUCGUCUCGCCGAUGGCCGCCACGUAUGGGGUUCGUUCUAUAAGAUUUCGGACAACUCGGUCACCGGCACUGCCGUCAACACCAACACCUUCUGCGCAUCCGGCGCCACGCUCGGCAAUGGCUCUUGGCUUGUGGCAGGCGGCAACCAGGCUGUCGGUUACGGUGGUGCUGCCCAGGCUCAAAAUUUGAACCCUUAUUCGGACUACGACGGCACCAAGGCCAUCCGACUGCUCGAGCCCAACUCGACAACGUGGAUAGACUCGCCAAGCACUUCCAUUCAGCAGGUCAACAUGCUCCAGCAACCUCGUUGGUACCCGGGUAUCGAGGUCCUCGAAGAUGGUAGCGUCAUCUUCAUCGGCGGCGCCAACUCGGGUGGAUACAUCAACCGCAACACCCCUACCACCGAUCCUGUCUACCAGAAUGGAGGUGCCAACCCCACCUACGAAUACUUUCCCGCCAGGACCACCGGAAACCUCCCCAUCUGCCAAUUCUUGGCUCAAACCAACGGUCUCAACAUGUACCCUCAUACCUACCUCAUGCCUUCCGGCAAGAUCUUCAUGCAGGCCAACGUCAGCACCACCCUGUGGGACCACACGAACAACAUCCUUACCCCCCUUCCGGACAUGCCCGGCGACGUCGUUCGUGUGUAUCCUGCUUCGGGUGCCACCGCCAUGCUGCCGCUCACGCCUCAGAACUCGUACACUCCCACCAUCCUCUUCUGCGGUGGCAGCGUCAUGAGCGACCAGAUGUGGGGCAACUACUCCGGUCCCGGAGGCGACAUCCUCGGCAUCGCCGCUUCCGACGACUGCUCGUCCAUCAACCCUGAGGACAACCAAGGCAACCAGACCCCCAACGUUCAGUACGUCCAUGAGGAAACCCUGCCAGAGGGUCGUUCCAUGGGCCAGUUCAUUCACUUGCCCGACGGAACCAUGGUCAUCGUCAACGGCGCCAACAAGGGCACUGCCGGUUACACCAAUGCUACUUACAACACCGUCCAGUACAACGGCCAGACCGUCGUCACAGAGGGCCUCUCGCAGGAUCCCACCUACGUGCCUGUCCUCUACGACCCUUCCAAGCCCAAGGGCCAGCGUCUCUCCAGUGCUGGCUUCUCGGCUUCCAGAAUUGCUCGUCUCUACCACUCGAGUGCUGUGCUGCUUGCCGAUGGCUCCGUCAUGAUUGCCGGGUCCAACCCACACCAGGAUGUUGCGCUCAACAUGCCCACCGAUACCACCCCUAAGGCCUUCAACACGACGUACGAGAUUGAAAAGUGGUACCCUCCUUACUGGGAUCAGCCGCGCCCUUACCCACAGGGCGUACCCAACACGGUCCUCUACGGCGGCAGCCCUUUUACUAUCACCGUCAACGGCACCUACAUGGGGGACGCCGCGAACGCCAAGGCCGCCAACACCAAAUUCGCCAUCAUCCGUCCUGGUUUCUCGACGCACGCCAUGAACAUGGGUCAGCGUGCCGUCUACCUCGACUACACCUACACUGUCAACGAAGACGCCUCUGUUACCUACACCGUCAACCCCUUGCCAAACACUAAGGCUAUGAACCGCCUUCUUGUGCCUGGCCCCGCCUUCUUCUACGUCACCGUUGGCGGCGUUCCCAGCUACGGCAAGAAGAUUAUGGUCGGCACUAGCUUUACUGGUACUGGUAACGUGCCCUUCACCGCAACACUCGGCUCAACACUCGUCUCGCUUCCUCCUCCCGUCAACAGCACCAAGUUCACCGCCGCCAUCUCGAGGACGGGAAGCUCUUCGUCUUCCGACUUUGGCCUCGGCAAGAUCAUUGGAAUUGCUGUUGCCGGUGCUGCUGUCCUCGCCCUGAUCGCACUUGGCUGCUGCCUCUGGCGACGCAAGGGCAAGAACAACAACGAGAAGGCUGCCGCCCGGCAGUCGACCGCUCCUUGGACCAGCCGAGACAUGGGCUCCGGCCCCGAGUACAAGCGUGUCGACACUCCCGUCGGAUCGGUGCACGGAGGCCGUUUCGUCGCUGCUCGCAUGGACAGCUCCAAUACGUUUGAGAACUACCGCAUGCAUGAUCAGGCCAGCGCCAGCGAAAGCAAGGAGGCGCUAGGCGGCUACUACGACCAACCUCGCACUGGCAGCCGUGCAGGAUACGCGCCGAGCCCGCUUGCGUACGACCAACACGGACGCGGCAGCUCGCAAGGCCAGUACCAACAGGGUUGGGGAGAGUACCACGCCGGUGAUGCUGGCGCCUAUUAUGAGGACAGCACACACAGGUACGGCGGGGGCAGCGGGGCUGGACACAGCUACGACGAUUACCCGUCACAGCAGUACCAGCAGCAGUACCAGCAGCAGUACCAACAGCAGCAGCAGCGUCAAUACUACGACAGUCCGCGCCGUUAA